CGUACGUACCUCGUCACUUGUUUGAUCGUGUCUUGGGUACUUUUUUCGCGAGACAGUUUACCGUCGGAUAAAGUACCAACUUGACCUGAUAAAGUGUACUUUAUAUUAUUUUCUUAAUAUAGUGAUCUAGUGUUAUGUGUUUUUGAAUUAUAUAAAGGAUUGUUUAUUAGGUUUUAGCUAGUGUAAAAAAUAAAAUAAACUAUAUUUCAAAUGAUGGCCUCAGAUGAAGAUUGUAACCCUUAUCCAAAUUAUCAGCUUAUAGAGGAACAGGCCUGCACCCCCUCGCCUUCUUCCGCGCAAUCGAACCACUACAACUGUCUAUCUCCAUCAAAUUCGCCUUCCCCUCUGCUGCAGCAGUAUCAGUUAAGUCGCUAUCCUCAAGAUUACUCCACGGGAGAUCCUCAAGAUAAUAUGAUACCUGCUAGUCAAGUUUUACCACAGGCUUUGCCAAAAAACGAGCAAAUGUGGGUUGGUACAAGUGGCAUGGAUACCUACGCCGAAUACCGGACGUAUGACAACAGGUUUGAUUAUUCUCGUCAAUACAACGAAUCUAUGCCAGUUUUCGCCGCCAGGACCGGGUUUCCUCAUAAAAUUGGUCCGAAUCAAAGUCAAAAAGCCAGCAAGGAGGCGCGGAUAAGGCGGCCCAUGAACGCUUUCAUGGUGUGGGCCAAAGUGGAACGGAAAAAAUUAGCCGACGAAAAUCCGGACCUGCAUAAUGCGGAUUUAAGUAAAAUGUUGGGUAAAAAAUGGCGAUCUCUGACACCACAAGACCGAAGGCCGUUUGUGGAAGAGGCCGAAAGGCUUCGCGUUAUCCAUAUGACUGAGCAUCCGAACUACAAAUAUCGUCCUCGAAGGAGGAAGCACAAUAAACAACGUGCUGCUCCAGGAGGUGGUCCUACAAGAGCCGCUGGAUCGCUGCCCAGCCCUGGAUUAGCGAGUAUGUCACCAAGGUAUCAAGGCUACGUUCCUAAUAACGCCGGCUUAUCUCCUACAGUCGCUGGCUAUGCUUCUCCAAUGGAUUUUCCAAGCCCCAGCAGCGCUUCAGGCGAACCACAACAGCGCUUUAGCCCUGACAACUACAAAUUCAACAACUACCCAUAUUCCUACCAAACUUUCCCCACCCAAAAAUCUCCUUACUCGAUGCAAACACCAGAUACUAGCCCCACUCACAGCCCCGAACCCAAACCUAGCCCCCAAGAGGAAUCAUCUUCGAAUGUUAGUCAGCAAAAUAAUGAUAAAAAAUUGCCAACUCCAGAGCUAAGUCCCCUAGAAGAAGACAAUAGAGGAUCUAGCAUAAAUAGGGUACAAACUUUCAAACAAAUUUACACCAACACGCAGCCGAUUACGGCUGUGCCUAUGUCUAACGGCAUGUAUGUCAUGUGCACCAAUAAGAGCAGCGUAGAGCAAGGUCACGUGGUCACCGGAACUUUUUAUCCACCGGUUGCAACCAGCCAGGAUCAGCAAAUGCUUGGAAUAAGCCAGCCGACUUCAAUGAGUUCAGUUAUAGCGAAUCCAAGUCAAUAUUACAGUUCUGGAAUGGGCUAUUAUUCACCAAGUUACGAACAACAACAAGGUCAAGACAGCAAGGAGGGAUUUAUUGGAUAUCAGCAAGACUCCAAACCUCCUUCUCAAUACAUGCACUACAAAACUGCUUCCUCCAUAGAAGAAUCCUAUCAGCAUCAAGAAUUCCACCAUCAGCAUCAUCACCAUCAGGACUCUUCCCACCAGCACUUAGUGCAAACGUAUUUACCUGGAGAACGUAGUGACGCUGAUAGUGAAGUGGAUGGUCAAGAAUUUGACAAAUACCUAGCAGCGGAAACUAGAAAUAUUGACUCGAAUCAUAAUUAUCACAAUAGAGGUGAUAACGUAGCGCCCUCAUCAGUGAUUAAUAGUGGUUAUUCUUAUAACAAUCAUACAAGUGUAAUUCUACAAACUGCGCCAAAUAAUAACAACAUGUCAGAAUUACGGCCGGAAGUUUACGAUUUGGCAACGGCGACUACUAACGGGGUCGGAAUGGUGGCGCCGAAAAGUGAGGAUGAGUUUAGUGAAAUUUUAGCCGGCGUUAGGAAAACGUGCUUUAGUACGUAGUCCGUAGUACCUAAGUAGUGAUCAAUUAAAUAGUGAAUUUAGUUCAAAUUAAUAAACUGUUUUUUUGCUAAAGACAAUCAAAAAUCGAAUUUUAAUAGUGGCCCUCUGUCCAGCAUAUCAGGUUUUCGAUUAUUAGUAAAGAAUAUCGCAGGGCUAACAUGGAUUUUUUGAGCUAUAUGGAUUUUGUCAAUUUUUUUUUCAUGUCAAAUUCUUAACAACCCUGUAAAUGGAAUUUUGGAUGUAUUACGGUUUGUGAGAUAUAAGCGUUGAAAAAUUAACUUUUUUCUUGAAGAAUAUACAAUAUACUGAGGUUUGUUAGUCAAAGUAUUGAGAGGUCAACAUAUUUCACGUCACAAAUGUUUACAGGUUCCAGAAUAGUUUGACCUAUCGUAUUUUCACUAACAAAAAUCAGUAUAUGGUAUAAAUUUACCAUAUACUUUUUCUUGAAAAAUUUCAAGAAAAAGGUUUCAACGGUUAUAUCUCAUAAACCUUAAUACCUACAAGAUUUGGUCCCAUUUGAAAGGUUGUUCAGAAUUCAAUCCUCUACAACAUAAUAUCAGAAAACUGGCAAAAUCCAUGCCGAAAAGUCCCAUGGUAUCUUGCAUUAUUCUUUCGUGCAAACUGAUGUAUGAUGGCUUCCUGUGUAAGUAAAUUUUGAAUGGCAUUUCCAUGCAAGUGAAAACAACUUGAAAAAAUUCAGAUGUGUCAAGUUAUUUUUUUAGCAUUAGGUAGGAACGUUUAUUCUUUUUAUGCACAUGGGCCACUUGGAGUAACCCAGGUGCUUGUGAUGCCCGUAAUGAUCUUUCCAUUUGAAAAACGAGAAACUAAUCUCGUUCUGGUUCCUUCUGGAACAACCCAAAGGAACACUGAGCAACACUUGGGUCUAUUUAAAAUGUUUAAAAAAAUACACUCAUUGUUGUUCGAAUUAGAGCCAGUUCUAGUGCAAUAAUAACUAAAAAAAAUUGCAAUUUUUUUUUAUGUGGAUAAUAAACUGUAUAUGUAUUUGUAUAAAUAUUUUAUAUUAUUAUCAUUCUUAUUAUUUUUAAAAGGUUUGUCCCAACCCCACCGAAAGUCGCUCAAGGAGAGUCAGCCCCAUUCUGUAACUUUUACUAAAUGAAGAUCGUCAUCGUUAAGUCACAAUUGAGAACUACAAAAUCGAAAUUAUCGCUACUAAUUAGCAACGGGCAAGAGGUCCAACCCAGGAAGCUGGCUUCCUUUUGAAGAAGCCUACACCGUAAUCAAAAUUCGUCUCGAUAUGGGUAGUUUAUUGAUUUCCGAUAUCGAUACAGAAUACCAGUUUUUUCAGAUAUCGAUUUAUUCGGGCAAUUCAAUUUUAGUUAGAGAAUGGGGUUGAAUCACUUUUUUGCGCAAUGUCUUGUACAAAAAUACGACCGUGCUUGAAAGGAUUUUUGGCUAGGUUGGAACAGACCUAAAGUAAAUUUCUGAACUGAAAUUAUUGUUAAUUGUAUUUUUGUGUAUAAAUAAAGAAAUUUUAUAAUAAAUACAUAAAUCCAA